AUCUAUAUCGCAUUGCUAUUGGUUGUAAAUGGUCACGUGAGUAGACCGCGGGACGCGGCAGCAGCGCCAAGCGUAUUUGGCGGGAUCGUGCUUAGACGGCGUCGUCUGUGCUCCCCGCAAGUCUGUCGUGUAGCGAACCGCAAAGGCUCUCCUAGCAUAAUGGCUGGUGGAAAGGCGGGCAAGGACUCUGGCAAAGCGAAGGCAAAGGCGGUCUCUCGUUCGGCGAGGGCUGGCUUGCAGUUUCCUGUAGGUAGAAUACAUCGACAUUUGAAAAACAGGACUACCAGUCAUGGUCGGGUUGGUGCAACGGCUGCAGUAUACAGCGCAGCUAUCUUAGAAUAUCUGACAGCCGAGGUCUUGGAAUUGGCAGGAAAUGCGUCUAAAGAUUUGAAAGUUAAACGUAUAACUCCAAGACAUUUGCAACUUGCUAUUCGAGGUGACGAAGAACUAGACAGUCUCAUUAAAGCUACUAUAGCAGGAGGAGGUGUUAUUCCACAUAUCCAUAAAUCACUGAUCGGCAAGAAAGGUUCUCAAAAGCCAGCAUAAUUUAGUGACGAUUGAAGAACUAUUUGAGAGAUAAGUAGACAAAACAGAUGUAAAGUGGCAGUGAUUGUUGACAAAGUGUACCUACGUUAUUAAACUAAAUGGAGAGACUGGAGUGAUGAUAUAUAUGUAUAUGGCUACAUAUAUAUAUGUAUACAUAUAUAUAUUUAUAUAUAAAUAUAAAUGAAACAAAUAUUGAUAUAAUUUAAUAUAGAUAACGAAGAGAUAAAGGAAAGACAAACGUUAAAAGCGUAAUUUGACGAUUGGGAAGGAAUAGGGGAUGAUUUUGUUGGAGAUGAAAAUUCCUAGUGUGCAUAUAACGUGGCGAUUAAUCGAAGAGCAAUGUGUUAUAGCAUCGCUCGCUCGAAACGAUAGCGUUUGUUGCUUCGCCGAUAAUGUAUAUUUUAAAUGAAAGGUUGAAAACGCUUCAUUGUUCACACACACAUUUAUUUUACAUACGUAAUUAUUAUAUCUAAUUUUGUUUUUCGGCCACCCUUAACUAUAUUCGCGUUUUUGUUAAACUUUAUUCUUUCUUUUCAUUUUCUUUCUUUUCUUUUUUUUAAAUAAUCGACGAACAUUUCUCCGUCGUUUGAUAAUCAUUCAUUUUCGAUAGUGUGUGCGUGUCGAAAUUGUCUGAGAAAUAGUCAUUUCCAAUCUCAAUAAGAUUUCAUCGAAGUCACAUAUUGUGUAAUAAUAAAUCUUACAUACACCUAAGUCUUUAUAGGUACUAUAGUAAUUAAUGAGAGAUUACAGGAGAUAUAUAUAACAAUUGUCAUUAAGAAAGAGAGAGGAUUAUUAUAGUUAGACAAAGACGAUCGAAACAAGAUUUUAAUUUUUCUAAACUAUUUAUAUUUCAAAGAGUCUAUUUUGUGUUAAUUGCACUAUGUGAUCAUUUUAAUGCUUCCGAUCUUUAGAAUUUGUUUUCAAAUUUUUUGGAUGAUGUAUUUUAGUUAUUGUGAUGAUAAUUAAAAAAUAUUUCUAAUUGAUGUCUUUCAAUCUAUUAAGCAGUAGAAACAUAAGAAAUUUGUGAGUAUAUAAUAUUACUUAUUAACAUAAUUAAUAAUGAUAUUAUAUAAUGUAUAAUAUAAAAUAUUGUAAGAUCGGAAACUUUAGAAAUUGAUCUCAUCGUGAAUAUAAUAUUAUUUCAGUUGCAGCAAAUUCUCAAAAAAUAUAUGGGUGAAAAUUUGUAUCAAAAA